CCCACUCACCGAGGUGUAAUUAAUUGUCAGUUCCGCUGAGCAGCAGCGCACUUUACUGGCAUUAGCAAGUCUGCCGGCUAACUAGCGGAUAAAUGAAUGUUAGCUUUAUUUCUGGGCUUCUCCAGCCGGCAUCGUGCACACAUCGAGUAUUUAAUAGUGAGGAAAUGUGAGGUUACCUCAACUCUGAAACCGGUCGACGAUUAAAUAGAGGAAUGGAUCUGUAAAUUAAUCGUCAGCUCAUUGUCAUGUAAAUGUUGUGCCACGGUUAUUUAUUCAUUCAGCUGCCAGCUGCUUUGUCCCUUUAGCUAUGCUGAUGGACAGAUCAACAUUCAUGGGCGUGAAGGUGCCACGCAACUUCCGUCUGCUGGAAGAGCUGGAAGAAGGCCAGAAGGGAGUGGGGGAUGGAACUGUGAGCUGGGGGCUGGAGGAUGACGAUGACAUGACCCUCACUCGCUGGAGAGGCAUGAUCAUCGGACCACCACGGACUAUCUAUGAGAACAGGAUGUACAGUCUGCGAGUGGAGUGUGGACCCAGAUAUCCAGAAACACCCCCGUUUGUGCGGUUUGUGACAAAGAUCAACUUAAAUGGAGUACACAACUCAAGCGGUGUGGUGGAGCCGAGGGCAGUGUCAUCUCUGGCAAAGUGGCAGGAUUCCUACAGUAUCCGGGUGGUGCUGCAGGAGCUUAGACGACUUAUGAUGUGCAAAGAGAACAUGAAGCUCCCACAACCACCUGAGGGACAGAUUUACACCAACUGAGACUGUACUAUACUGCAAAUACACACACACAGUCUGCCUUUAGCAUUUUGUUUUCAUUUGUACUCAUUUUCAUUUCUAUCUCCAAUCAGUCAUCCUUGAAUUCGUAAACGUGCAAACUCUCUCCUGCUCUGUCUGUCUGUAAGAUUUGUUCCGUCUCUCAUACACGUAUAAAAGCCCCAUCUGGAAAGAAUCCAUGCCUCAACUCAUACACAUCCCCCUUAUGGUCCCUCCCUUUUCUCAUUUUUCUGAACUAAAGAUGAGUGAACAGUUGUUUUUUUUUUUUGUCAUGGGACAAAUCAUUUGAAUACUGUGCAUCUUACUAAUCUUUGUUUUUCUUAUUGUUUGUUAAAAAUCUGAUUGUAUAAUAUCAUAAAUAAUCUAAUUGAGUGUGACUUGUGGUUGUAUUUUUGUCAUUUUCAUAUCGAAAAUCUUUUGCUUGAGUGCAAUUCAGCUCAGCUUUAUGCAUUGUAAUGUCGUUGUAGAUGUUCGGUAGUAAAGUCUUGGUAUUUGCAA